AUGGCUAAGGCUGCCGCUGUCUGGUCGGACCUCCGCCUCGUCUUCUGUCUCGCCUGCCUGCUGCCUUUGGGCCCGGCGAGGGCGGCUGCAGGUCUCUAUAAUCUUAGUCUUACUACUGAUGGUCCCGCUACCAUUGGCACAGAAGUGACCAUCUCAGCCAGCCUGAUGGUCAAGGACAAUGGCAACCUGUCCCUGCCUACAGACACCCACCUCUACCGUUUCCACUGGAUCCACGCGCCACUAACCCUCACUGCCAAGACCGAGAAGAAUCUAACCUCAACUAUCCAUGUGGUGGGCAACAGGCCUGGGGACUUUCCAAUCACUGUCUGGGUCACUGCUGUCGACUGUUGGAUGUGCAAGCCCUUAGCCAGGAGUGCUCUGGUCCUCCCCAUCAAAGAGUCACUUGUGGGAAACCUAGUCAUUACCCAAAACUCCUCUGUGUCUUGGCCGAACUGCUACAUCACCAAGAAAACCCUCAGAUUCUCCUUCCUCCUCCAUGACCCGAGCGACUUCUUCAAGUCGGCUUCUUUCUUCUACCGAUGGGACUUCGGAGACGGGACCUUGCUGAUAACCGACAACCCUGUGGCCUAUUACAACUAUUCGAAUGCUGGAACCUUCACGGUGAAGGUCAGGGUGGUGGCAGAAUGGGAGCAGACAAAGCCGGAUGCCACGAAGGGCAUCGUGCAGAAGAGCGGAGACUUCUCAUCUUCCUUAAGGCUUCGGGAGGCCCUCCAAGGCAUCCAGAUUUCAGCGCCCACCCUCUUGCAGACAUUCCAAAAGUUGACAAUGAGCCUGACUUUCCUCGGGAGCCCCCCUCUGAAGGUGUGCUGGGGCCUCAAGCCGGGAUGUCUCCCAGUGGAGGACAGAGAGUGCCACCCUGUGUUGGUGACCGGCACAUCUUUGAACGUGACCCACGUCUUCCAGGACCCCGGGGACUACUGCUUCAUCUUCCGAGCUGAGAACGCCAUCAGCAGGGCAAACCAGUUCCAUAGGAUUCAGGUGUGGCCCUCCACCUUCCAGCCAUUUGUCUUUGCUUUCCCCUGCGCCACGCUGAUCACCGUGUUGCUGGUUUUUGUCAUGUACAUGACUGUGCGGAGUGCUACUCAACAGAAGGACAUAGUGGAGAGUCCAGAAGUCACUGGGCUCAAGUGCUGCUGCCAGCUGUGCUGUGGAUCCCUCUUUCUGGACUCGCCAUCCGAGUACCUGGAAAUCGUCCGCGAGAACCACGGGCUGCUGCCGCCCCUCUACAAACCCAUGAAGACUUACAACGUGUGA